UUUUUAAGGAAUCUUUUUAGACGCCCAUCACCCUUCCCUACCUACCUUAUUUAACUAUUGGUAUUGCCCGCAACAUCAUGGGACCGAAAAAUUUGCUUACACUGGUACUGGGUCUGCUGUUAAUUGUGAAUUACGUAACUGCCAUUCAAUGGGAUUUCGAGUUUGGUAAAAAGCAGCUUGAGGGCGCUACCAAAAUUUACGAAAAGGAGGGCACUAUUAAUUUAUUCUCAUAUCGCAAUUUUUUUUCUUUUACCGUGCCGGUGGGCGUGCAAACCUCAUACGUCAGAGUAACAGUGUGGAGUCUCAGCCCUCCAAAAGUAGAUUAUGAUCCGAACACUAACACCGUUUCUAUCAUUUACUCUUUCAUACAAAUUACACUCAGCACAUUCAAAAUACAAGUCGAAGGUAUUCCCUUCUAUCUCGGCUCUAGUGACGCAUCCAUUGUUAGCAGCGGUGAACCCUCUCAGAGUAAUGAAGUAAAGGGUUAAUAAGGUUAAAAUAAUAAUUUAACCUAAUCAGUCUUUUUUUAAACGGUUCACCGACGGUGCACUAAUAACAGUUUCUGGUAGAGAGUGGAACUCCACAUAUUUACGACACAAAUCGGCAAUUGUAUAAUUAUAUUUUAAGGUGCAAAAAUGUA